AUGCAGCCUUCAAAAUACAUCAAGUUGAUGGAGAAUAAGACGCUUCAGAUUGACUUCUACAUUACAGCUUUUCCCACAAAUUGGGGGCAGUUGUUUUUGUUAUUUGUUACAUUUUUACUUCUUUAUCUCAUUGCUCUCAUUUGGAACAUGGUCAUUGUCUUGGUAACUUUUUUGGAUCAUCAUUUACAAAAGCCAAUGUAUUUUUUCUUAUGUAAUCUGUCAUCUGUCGAUGUAUUGUAUGUUUCUGUUGCCCUUCCUAAACUGUUAGACAUCAUCAAUACAGGAAAUAAUAAAGUUUCAUUCACAGCUUGUUAUACGCAAAUGUAUUUCUUCACAUCUUUGGCCUGCACAGAAAUUUGUUUGUUGACCACAAUGUCAUACGAUAGAUACACCGCCAUCUGCAGACCACUACAUUAUACUCUGAUCAUGCACAAGAGAAUGUGUCACCUUCUGGUGGCAGGUUGUUGGGUCUUCGGAUUUUCAAAUUCUCUCUUUAUUACAAUAUUCACCUCCCGUUUAACUUUCUGUGGAUCUACAAAACUCAAUCAGUUUUUUUGUGAAAUUAAAACACUCACUAAAUUGUCCUGCGGUGCUAAAAAUAAAUUUAAAGCUGUGAUAUUAGUGGAAGCUUUAUUUGUGGGAUUUUGUCCUUUUGUGCUUAUUUUGAUGUCCUACACUAAAAUCAUAUCAAAUAUUCUAAGAAUGAAAUCUGUGGGCCAAAGGAAGAAAGCGUUCUCCACUUGUACCUCACACGUCACUGUCCUGCUGUUCUUCUAUGGGACAUUACUCUACAUGUACAUGGUACCACCAUCGGAGAACUCGGAGCAGCUGGACCAGAUCUUCUCAGUGUUUUAUCUAGCAGUCACUCCCACUAUGAACCCUUUGAUUUACAGUUUGAGAAAUAAGGACAUAAAUAUUGCCAUAUUAAAUAUAUUUUUGAAGUUAAAGUCAUGCAUGUAA